AUUUUACCACUGUGAAAGCCGAACAUUCUCGGUCUUUCCACCUAAAAAAAAAACUGGAAGGAACCACUUGUUUUUAUUUUUUAACCCUUCUCUCCGUUUCUUUCUUUCCGUAUCAAAAAAUUCAUCCUCUCUUCUAGGGUUUCUUCCGCUCCCAAAACAAUCUCGCCUCCAACCUCUCUCUCUCUCUCUUCAAUUUUCGUUGCAUUCGCAGGGCACUUCUCCGCUCGCAAUGCCGUUUCCGGCGAAACCAACGCGGGAUUUCGACGAGUCGGCGAGUCCGUCGAACAACCUGUGGGUGGGGAAUCUGGCGGCGGACGUCACCGACGCUGAUCUGAUGGAGCUCUUCGCCAAAUACGGCGCACUCGACAGCGUGACUUCCUAUUCCGCUCGCAGUUACGCUUUCGUGUUCUUCAAACGCGUCGAAGACGCCAAAGCCGCCAAGAACGCUCUCCAAGGAACCUCUCUCCGCGGCAGUUCCUUGAAGAUUGAGUUUGCCAGACCGGCAAAGGCAUGUAAACAACUUUGGGUGGGUGGUAUUAGUCAGGCUGUUACAAAGGAAGAUUUGGAAGCUGAAUUUCAGAAAUUUGGUAAAAUUGAGGAUUUUAAGUUCUUCAGAGACAGAAAUACUGCAUGUGUUGAAUUUUUCAAUUUGGAAGAUGCUACUCAGGCCAUGAAAAUCAUGAAUGGGAAACGAAUUGGCGGGGAGCAUAUUCGUGUUGACUUCCUUCGAUCACAAUCUACAAAAAGGGAUCAGCUUGAUUAUGGGCAGUUUCAGGGAAAAAACUUGGGGCAUACUGAUGCUUAUUCUGGACAGAAAAGACCAUUGCAUUCACAGCCUCCAAUGGGGGGAAAAGGUGACAGUCAACCAAGUAAUAUUUUGUGGAUCGGUUAUCCACCUGCUGUUCAGAUUGAUGAACAAAUGCUCCACAAUGCCAUGAUUUUGUUUGGUGAAAUCGAGAGAAUCAAGAGUUUUCCUUUGAGAAAUUAUUCUAUUGUUGAGUUUAGAAGUGUUGAUGAAGCUCGACGUGCAAAAGAGGGCCUUCAAGGACGCCUUUUUAAUGAUCCUCGAAUAACAAUUAUGUAUUCUAGCAGUGACCUAGUACCUGGCAGUGAUUACCCCAGCUUUUUUCCUGGAAGUAAUGGACCAAGACCUGAUGUAUUGCUGAAUGAGCAUCCAUUUCGACCAUUACAAAUGGAUGUAUUUGGUCAUAAUCGUCCAAUGGUUCUAAAUAAUUUUCCUGGACAGUUACCACCUAGUGGUAUUAUGGGACUAAAUGUACCAAUGCGACCUUUUGGUAAUCACGGUGGUGUUGAAUCUGUUAUUUCUGGCCCUGAGUUUAACGAGAUUGAUGCGCUCCAUAAAUUUCAGGAUGGUAGCUCCAAGAGUAACAUGGGUCCAAACUGGAAAAGGCCAUCUCCUCCUGCACAGAGCACUAGGCUUCCUACCAGAUCAACGUCUGGGGCAUGGGAUGUACUUGACAAAAACCAUAUUCCAAGAGAUUCUAAACGUUCAAGGAUAGAUGGACCCUUGCCUGUUGCUGAAGCCCUAUUUCCUUUUAGGAAUAUUGAUGAUCGGGGGUUAGCUCUAGAACAAGCAUAUGGGAUUGAUCCAGCUAUUGAUGGAAAUGGUUCUGGUCCAUAUGUAAACAUUCAAGGAAAGAGUCACCUUGGUCCAGUUAGCUCAAGGAUUACAGCUGGAGUACAUGAUAUUGUCCAACCUGAUAUUGAUCAUAUUUGGCGCGGAGUUAUUGCAAAAGGGGGAACUCCUGUUUGCCGUGCUAGAUGUGUACCAAUUGGGAAAGGAAUUGGAACUGAGCUUCCUGGUGUUGUUGAUUGCUCGGCUAGGACGGGAUUGGAUAUACUCACAAAACAUUAUGCUGAUGCAAUUGGUUUUGAUAUUGUUUUUUUUCUGCCUGAUAGUGAAGACGAUUUUGCUUCAUAUACUGAGUUCCUACGCUAUCUUAGUGCGAAAAAUCGUGCUGGUGUUGCCAAAUUUGUUGAUAACACCACCUUAUUCUUGGUGCCUCCUUCUGAUUUUCUCACAAGAGUUUUGAAAGUCACUGGACCUGAGCGUCUAUAUGGUGUGGUUCUUAAGUUUCCACCAGUGCCAAGUAGUGCACCUAUGCAACAGCCAUCGCAUUUGCCUGUACCGACAACUCAGUAUAUGCAACAUAUUCCUCCUUCACAGACUGAAUAUGGUUUGAUUCCUGUUAAAGAGGAACAGGUUUUGCCAAUGGAUUAUAACAGACCGUUGCAUGAGGAUUCUAAGCUUCCUGCUAAACCAGUCUAUCCACCAGCAGGUGGGCCCCCUCCAGUUCAUUCUGGGCCUCCCGAUUAUUCUACUAAUAAUACUGUUGCUGGGUCCCAAGCUGGAGUUGCAUUAACACCUGAGCUUAUUGCAACUUUAGCUUCUUUACUUCCUACAACUACACAAUUACCUACCACUGAUGGUGCCAAGUCAGCAGUAGGUUCUUCGACCAUGAAGCUUCCAUUUCCUCCCAUGACACCAAAUGAUGGAAAUCAAUCUCAUCAAAUUGCAGAUCAAUCCACUCAUCCUCCUCAACAGUUGAGGAACAUGUAUAACGUUCACAAUGCUCCCUAUCAGCCCCAUCCACCAUUAUCUGCUCCUGCUGGCAAUCCUGCUCAAGUGUCUGGCAGUUCUCAUAUCCAAGAUACUGCUGCCAACAUGCAGCAGCAGCAAGGUGCUGUUUCAUCAAGACACAUGCCUAAUUUCAUGAUGCCUACUCAAAGUGGACAGGUAGCUGUAUCCCCCCAUGCCAGUCAGCAUUACCAAGUUGAGGUCUCCCCCAGCAAUCAGAAAGGCUUUGGAGUGGUGCAGGGAACAGAUGCCUCUGCUUUAUACAAUUCUCAGGCUUUCCAGCAACCUAAUAACAAUUCUCAGGCUUUCCAGCAACCUAAUAACAAUUCUCAGGCUUUCCAGCAACCUAAUAACAAUUCUCAGGCUUUCCAGCAACUUAAUAACAAUUCUCUGGCUUUCCAGCAACCUAAUAACAAUUCUCAGGCUUUCCAGCAACCUAAUAACAAUUCUCAGGCUUUCCAGCAACCUAAUAACAAUUCUCAGGCUUUCCAGCAACCUAAUAAUUCUUUUGCCUUAUCUAAUCAAACUAAUAGUGCUAAUGCUUCACAGCAGCAAACUGCCAUGCUGUAUACAGUGGACCAGGUAAACUCGGACACCCCCAAUCAGCAACUUCCUAUGUUUGGAGUCAGUCAAGGACAAACAGAGGUGGAGGCUGAUAAGAACCAGAGAUACCAGUCAACGUUACAAUUUGCUGCCAACCUUCUUCUCCAACUACAACAGCAACAGCAACAAGCCCCAGGAGGACAUGGGCCAGGACAAUGAGAACUGUUUUCUGUAAUGACCGUGCCUAGGGAGAUGCAUGUUCGUAUGCGACAAAUGUGACGGCGAUUCUUCGACAACUAUUUUUAUUUAAAGAAACUAGUUCUUUUAUCACCAACUUAUUCUUUCUUUUUAACAUCUUUGCUCACUACAAUAUACAAAGGUGUAAGGUUGGUUUUUUUUUUAAAAUUGUUGUUACUGUUUAAUGUACAUAACAAUUUUCAUCUGAUGUCGUUCUUACUGGAAUACUAGUUUUUUUUAGCUCUAUCUACGAGACGUGUGAGAAAAAUUAUAACCGAUUGUGGGUCCAAUUACGACUAGAAUGUUUCGCUUUGCUAAUUGUUUUAUGGUCGUGUCACUUUGGGAAGAGAAUCGCAUUGAUGCUAAGCUUCCCAAAAUAGUGUAAGUAAAUGUUUGAAAAUCGAAAAGGUACUUUGGUUCGUUCA